CAAACAAGCCCUCUUCCAACAGGUGAAGAAAGUGAGAGACCAGAUUGGGUUCGCCAGGCACCUGAGUGCUCAGCAUCCAGAUAAAGCCUUUCAGUUGCUUUCUGAAUGUCAGCAGUUAGCUUGCACCCUCGUGUCUGGCCAACACCCAUUGCAAGGAGAAAUCGAGGACUGCCUGGCACAGACUUAUGCUUCCCAAGGUGAUUGGCUAGCUGCUGCUCGGCACAUGAGGAAGAGCAAGGAGUUGGUGCAGAUUCAGUAUGGAGCCCAGAGUGUGGAACUUGGCAAAGAGCUCUUCAAACUGGCACAGAUUCUCUUCAAUGGACAUGUUGUCGAUGAAGCAUUAAGUGUUACUGAACAGGCUGAGAACCUGCUCUUGUUACACUGUGGGGCUGAACAUGAGAUGGUGAUAGAGUUGAGGGCAAUGAAGUCCUGCCUACAGACUCUUCCAAGCCAGUUUGCUCUGUCUCCCAAACUGUAUCGCAGAGAGUGACGGGAUCCUCGACCAACCAAGCGAUGUCUCCACCCAGGCUCAGGAUUACAACAAAUCCCAGGGAAACACAUCAGAUACCACUCCGUCAACUUAAGGAGCAUUGUUACUGAAACUAUACUCGAGAGCUACAGAUGGAAAUGGCAGUGCUGCCUCCUCACAGUUAGAGUCUGCCAAGUGUUUGUAAAAAUACAUUGAACUGUUUGAAAUUCAUUAAAUAACUAAGUGUCAGAGA